AGCAUGCAGAUGUUGUUAGGUUCGAUGGCAGAGUGUGCUUUAUCUUGUGUUUCGUGAAUUUCUCCGUAAUUUUACGUUGGUACCCAGUCCAAAGUUAACUGUUCGCAAUUCGUAAAGGCGUAGUCCCAUACUCUGAGCCAUGACGCAGUUUCUACCGCCAAAUCUUUUGGCACUUUUCGCACCAAGGGAUCCAAUUCCCUUUCUGCCACCGGCAGACAAGCUACCCACAGAAAAGAAAUUGCCACAAUACGCGGGAGUAGGAAAUUUUCUCAGUCUUUUUGAGGAUCCGAAGGACACGCCGCCUCCGACGCGAUGCGAGACGCGGGACGAGAGAAAAGACCGCAGGAGGAAGGAGAAGCAGGAGCAGGUGGCCUACAAGCUGGAGCAGGACAUCGCGCUAUGUAAGUACUCGCUUGUCCGCACAAGAAUCCGGCGGCGACAGAUGCUAUAUGCGGUCUUUGCUCUAU